UUCUUCUCAUUUGGAUUUGGAACAAAAAGCAGUGCUAAGUGGGGAUAUACUGAGAUUCCCUUUGCUACUGUUUUAGCCUUUCAGAACCAAAAGGAGGAGAAAGAUGACUGUGGGGGCAGGGAUAUCCGUUGCAGAUGACAACUUGAUGGUGCUGGGGAACAAGGUGCUGAGUGAGGUCCAUGACAAUGUCCUCGUCAUUCCUGCAUCUGGGGGUGCCUUGCUCUACGGGGCAUUCCUUGGGGUUCAAUCCUAUCAGAAGGGUAGCCACAAAGUCUUUCCCAUCGGCAAGCUUGAGGGGUUGCGAUUUAUGUGUGUUCAUCGCUUCACAAUGUGGUGGAUGACCCAGAGAAUGGGCACUUGUGGAAAAGAAGUCCCCGUUGAGACGCAGUUCUUGCUUGUUGAAGCACACAAUGGCUCUGAUAUUGACGGAGGGAUCAAUAGUGGAGAAGACCAAGCUGCUGCUAACUAUGUAGUUUUCUUACCCCUUCUGGAAGGAGAUUUCAGAGCAGUUCUUCAGGGGAAUGAUCAAAACGAGAUUGAGAUCUGUGUGGAAAGCGGUUGUCCUGGUGUGGAUGAAUUUGAUGGGACUCAUCUGGUUUUUGUUGGGGCUGGAUCGGAACCUUAUGAAGUAAUAACAAAUGCUGUCAAGACUGUUGAGAAACAAUUGCAGACAUUUUCUCAUCGCGAGAGAAAGAAGAUGCCUGAUAUGUUGAACUGGUUUGGAUGGUGUACAUGGGAUGCUUUCUAUACUAGAGUCACUUCAGAGGAUGUGAAGCAAGGAUUACAGAGCUUUGAGAAAGGUGGAAUUCCGGCUAGAUUUGUUAUAAUUGAUGAUGGAUGGCAAUCUGUGGGCAUGGACCACAAUGAUGUUGAAUGGAAAUCUGAUAAUCAAGCCUAUCAAGCCAACUUUGGAAAUCGCUUAACGAAUAUAAAAGAGAAUCACAAAUUCCAGAAAGAUGGCAAGGAAGGUCAGCGGGUAGAGGACCCAGAUCUUGGACUUGGUCAUAUUACCAAUGAAAUCAAGCAAGAGCAUGCUGUAAAGUAUAUAUAUGUGUGGCAUGCAAUAACAGGAUAUUGGGGUGGUGUUAAACCUGAUGUUAGUGGCAUGGAGCACUAUGAGUCAAAGAUGGUCUUCCCUGUUUCAUCUCCUGGAGUCCAAUCAAUUCAACCAGACGACUCUUUAACACACAUUACCAUCAAUGGGCUUGGCCUAGUGAAUCCUGAGAAAGUUUUUCACUUUUAUGAUGAACUGCACUCAUAUCUGUCAUCUGCUGGUAUUGAUGGUGUCAAAGUUGAUGUUCAGAAUAUCCUUGAAACUCUCGGGGCAGGACGUGGUGGGAGGGUGAAACUAGCAAGGAAAUACCACCAGGCAUUAGAGGCAUCAAUCUGUAGGAACUUCCCUGAUAAUGGAAUCAUUUGUUGCAUGAGUCACAAUACAGAUGGAUUGUACAGUUCAAAGCAAUCAGCUGUUAUUAGGGCAUCGGAUGAUUUCUGGCCAAGAGACCCUGCCUCCCACACCAUUCACAUUGCAUCAGUUGCUUACAACUCCAUUUUCCUUGGUGAAUUUAUGCAGCCAGAUUGGGAUAUGUUUCAUAGCCUACAUCCAAUGGCUGAAUAUCAUGGUGCUGCACGAGCAGUAGGAGGAUGUCCUAUUUAUGUCAGUGACAAGCCUGGACACCAUGACUUCAAUCUUUUGAAGAGACUUGCACUUCCUGAUGGUUCUAUAUUAAGGGCUAAACUUCCAGGAAGACCAACGAAGGAUUGCUUAUUUUCUGAUCCUGCUAGAGAUGGAAAGAGUCUUCUGAAGAUUUGGAACAUGAAUGGUUUUUCUGGAGUUGUUGGGAUAUUCAAUUGCCAAGGAGCUGGGUGGUGCAAAGUUGGAAAGAAGAACCUUAUCCAUGAUGAGAAUCCAGGCACAGUCACUGGUGUCAUCAGGGCUAAAGAUGUUGACUAUUUAUCCAGGGUUGUAGAUGAUAAAUGGACAGGAGACACCAUUAUAUUUUCCCAUGUUGGUGGAGAAGUGGUUUACCUUCCAAAGGAUGCAUCUAUCCCAAUUACCUUGAAAUCUCGAGAAUAUGAAGUUGUUACAAUAGUUCCUGUGAAGGAAUUGACCAAUGGUGUCAAAUUUGCUCCAAUUGGUUUGAUCAACAUGUUCAAUUCAGGAGGGGCUGUCAAAGAGUUCAAUUGUGGAUCUAAUGGAAGUACAAAUGUUGCCAUGAAAGUCCGCGGGUGUGGCAAAUUUGGUGCUUAUUCAUCAGCUCGGCCUAAGUUGAUAAUAGUUGAUUCAGAAGAGGUGGAAUUCAAUUAUGAGGAAGAAUCUGGAUUGGUGACUAUUGAUUUGAGGGUACCAGAGAAAGAGUUAUACCAAUGGAGCAUUUCUAUUGAUUUUUGAAUCAGAUACAGUCUCCGGAUGAGGGGGUUCUAAACUUCUAGUUCAUUAAAGUUCGUGGCAUUUUUAUGAGUCUAUGUAGACCUGUUGUAGGAAAUGUUUAGUUUCUUCUUCUUGUAAUGCAUAACCAUGAGCAAAUAAAUGAAUUUCACAUAGCUUUUUUAUCU